AUGGCCGUUUUACAAACAUCCAUCGCGAUCUUUAUCGCUCAUAUCUUCCUUUUGCUCGGUUUGCCAGCCUCUUUGGUCGCAGCUGUGCCAGUCGCCGUUCCCGUCUCCCCCGUUAACAACGUAUUGGCGACUACUCAAAAGACAUCUGCCGCCUCAAGCUACUGGGUUGCCGAUAUUGAGCGCCAGGGUGUCGUCCCUUUCGCAAAGAGCACCGACUACAAGAUCUUCCGAAAUGUGAAGGACUAUGGUGCCAAGGGUGAUGGCUCUACUGACGACACUGUGGCUAUCAACAAGGCUAUUUCUUCUGGAGGUCGGUGUGGCAAGGGCUGUGAUUCCUCUACCACCACCCCUGCUAUCGUCUACUUCCCACCUGGUACCUAUGUUGUCUCAAAGCCCAUCGUCCAGUACUACUACACCCAGAUCGUUGGUGAUGCUGUCGAACUGCCCAUCAUCAAGGCCUCCGCCAGUUUCGCGGGCAUGGCUGUGAUUGAUUCCGAUCCCUACGAGGACAAUGGCGACAAUUGGUUCACCAACCAAAACAACUUCUUCCGCGCCAUUCGCAACUUGGUCAUUGAUCUGACCAGCGUCCCCGCUGGCUCCGGUGCAGGUAUCCACUGGCAGGUCGGCCAGGCUACCAGCUUGCAGAACAUUCGUUUCGAGAUGGUUAAGGGUGGCGGUGACGCCAACAAGCAGCAGGGUAUCUUCAUGGACAACGGAUCCGGUGGUUUCAUGUCCGACUUGACUUUCAAUGGCGGUAACUACGGCAUGUUCCUCGGUAACCAACAGUUCACUACCCGUAACUUGGUCUUCAACGACUGCCAGACUGCCAUCUUCAUGAACUGGAACUGGGCCUGGACUUUCAAGUCCGUCAAGAUCAACAACUGUGAGGUCGGUCUGAAUAUGUCCACUUCCCCUUCCAACCAGACCGUUGGCUCGGUCUUGAUGCUGGACAGCAAGCUCACCAACACCCCCACCGGUAUCGUUACUGCUUGGACCCAGACGAGCAUCCCCGUUGGCGGUGGUGACCUUAUUUUGGAUAACGUGGACUUCUCUGGCUCCAAGGUUGCUGUCGCUGGUGUUGAUGGCAAGACCAUCCUGGCAGGUGGCUCCGUCGUCGACAACUGGGUCCAGGGUAACACCUACACCCCGUCCAAGACUAUCAACAAGCGCGCCACCGAGGCUGAGCCCGAGCUGAUUACCGUUGUCGAGACCGUUACGGAGACUGUCCUUGCCUGUCCCGCUUCCUACGGCCUUCCUAGCGCCAGCCUUGCGGGCAGCGAUGUUCCUGCCCCCGCGAAGACUGCAUCACUUGGAUCUGCUCCCGCUCCUUCGCCUGCCCCGGUUGCUGGCACCAGCGGCGAUACUGAUCGCACUACCAACACUGCCUCCAUUCCUGCGCUGAACAGUGUCUCUCUUCUCGGCGGAGCCUCUUCUGAGGCUUCCGAAGUCCCGGAGCCCACUCCCGCAGCUGCUCCUUCUACUGAGGCCCCUGUCACUUCCGCGGUGCCUGUUGGUUCUUCGCCCUCUAGUGUAGUUUCUGCCAAGCAACCUUCUGUCCCUGUCACCUCCACUGCUGCCCCUGCUAAAACCACUGGCAGCGGCUCUCAAGUUAGCCAGGCCCCUCAGUCCGGCAGUGACAGCAGCACCGCCACUUGCGGUGCCGCGGCCGCCGUUUCCUCUGCCCGCACCCAGAGCGCUUUGAAGACUGCUUCCAAGCCAGCUAGUCUGCUCAAGGGUGGUGCUAUCUUUGAACGCUCGAAGCCGCUGUACGAGGAUGUCGCAGCCUCCUCUUUCAUUAGCGUCAAGUCUGCUGGUGCCAAGGGUGACGGAACCACUGAUGACACCGAGGCUAUCCAGAAGAUCUUUGACAGCUACAAGGAUGGUCAGGUUAUCUACUUUGAUCACGGUGCCUAUGUUAUCACCUCCACCAUCAAGGUUCCCAAGGAUAUCAAGAUCACUGGUGAGAUCUGGCCCAUGCUUAUGGCACACGGCAAGCAGUUCGCCGACCAGAAGAAGCCCGUCCCUGUCUUCCAGGUCGGCCAAAAGGGUGACACUGGAUCUGUCGAGAUGAGCGACCUCAUUAUCACCACCAAGGGUCCCGCCCCUGGUGCCAUUCUCAUGGAGUGGAACGUUGCUGGCUCAUCCCAAGGCUCCGCCGGUAUGUGGGAUGUUCACUUCCGCAUCGGUGGUGCCGCUGGUACCGAGCUGCAGAGUGACACCUGCCCCAAGACCCCUGAGGAGAAGACCACCCCCAAGGAGGAGUGCAUGGCCGCCUUCAUGCUCCUGCACAUCACCCAAAAGGGUAGUGCCUACCUCGAGAACACCUGGUUCUGGACCGCCGACCACGAGCUCGACCUUGAGGAUCACAACCAGAUCAAUGUCUACACCGGCCGUGGUGUGCUCAUCGAGUCACAGAACCCCGUUUGGCUGUGGGGCACCUCUUCGGAGCACCACCAACUGUACAACUACCAAGUCUCAAGUGCUAAGAAUGUCUUCAUGGGCCUCAUCCAAUCCGAGACUCCAUACUACCAAUCCAACCCGACCUCGUUGACCCCUUACACCCCGCAAAACUCCUGGAAUGACCCCGACUUCUCGAACUGCACGACAAACUCCUGCCGCAAGGCCUGGGGUCUUCGUGUCCUCGGCUCCUCGGACGUCUUCGUCUAUGGUGCCGGUCUCUACAGUUUCUUCGAGAACUACGCCCAGUCCUGUCUUAACUCCGAGGACUGCCAGGAGAACAUGGUUGAGGUCGAUUGUUCGGAUGUCAAGCUGUAUGGUCUUAGCACCAAGGCUUCUGUCAACAUGGUUACCUCGUCCAGUGGCAAGUCCCUGGUCCCGCAAAAGCCGAAUAGGAGUAACUUCUGCUCCACUAUCGCGCUCUUUGAACAGUCUGCUUAG